GUCUCACCUCUGCCUCUGUCCCUGCAGGUUUCUGAUGGCUCAGCCCCACUGGACUCGUCGGAGGGUGCCAUGAACUGAGCGCCCAGCUCCUUUUCGUUUGGUUUCCCUUGGUUCUUCGUCGUUUCCUCUCCCUCCCCUCCCCCCCCCCCCAGCAUUUUUCAUGAGAACAUUUUAAAAGGGGGUUCCUCUCGCACUCCCCCGAGUGACGCUGUGCUGCUGCGGUGAGGAUCUCCUGAGAAGAUGGGGAGGAAAAAGAUCCAGAUCCAGCGGAUCACAGAUGAGCGGAACCGGCAGGUGACCUUCACCAAGCGCAAGUUCGGCUUGAUGAAGAAAGCCUACGAGCUGAGCGUGUUGUGCGACUGCGAGAUCGCCCUGAUCAUUUUCAACCACUCCAACAAGCUGUUCCAGUAUGCCAGCACCGACAUGGACAAGGUGCUGCUCAAGUACACUGAGUACAACGAGCCCCACGAGAGCCGGACCAAUGCGGACAUCAUUGAGACAUUAAGAAAGAAAGGUUUUAAUGGCUGUGACAGCCCGGAGCCCGACGGAGAUGACUCGAUAGACCAGAGCCCCUUGAUGGAGGAUAAAUACCGUAAAGGCAGCGAGGAUCUGGAUAUCCUGUUCAAGCGAUACGGUUCUGCAGUGCCCACGCCAAACUUUGCCAUGCCAGUGACGGUUCCUGUGACCAACCAGAACACGCUGCAGUUCAGCAGCCCAGGCAGCUCGUUGGUGACCCAAUCCCUGGUGACCUCGUCGCUGACUGACCCCCGGCUCCUCUCACCACAACAGCCAGCACUGCAGAGGAACACCGUGUCCCCAGGGUUGCCGCAGCGGCCAGCCAGCGCAGGGGCGAUGCUUGGGGGUGACCUGAACAACACCAACGGAGCUUGCCCAAGUCCUGUGGGCAACGGCUACGUGAGUGCUCGUGCCUCCCCUGGUCUCCUUCCCGUCUCCAACGGCAGCACUUUGGGCAAGAUCAUCCCAGCCAAGUCCCCUCCACCGCCACCCCACAGCACGCAGCUCGCCACCAACAGCCGCAAGCCGGACCUGCGCGUCAUCACCUCGCAGAGCGGCAAAGGGCUGAUGCACCACCUGACGGAGGAUCACUUGGCUCUGCAGAACACACAGCGGUUAGGUGUCUCCCAAGCGACUCACUCUCUAACCACGCCGGUUGUUUCUGUGGCCACCCCGAGCCUGCUGACACAGGGGCUGCCGUUCUCUGCCAUGCCGACUGCGUACAACACAGAUUAUCAGCUGACAAGUGCUGAGUUAUCUUCACUGCCAGCAUUCAGCUCACCUGGUGGGUUGUCCCUUGGCAACAUCUCUGCCUGGCAGCAGCAACAGCAGCAGCAGCAGCAGCAGCAACAGCAGCAGCAGCAACAGCAGCAGCAGCAACAGCAACAACAGCAACAGCAGCAGCAGCAACAACAGCAGCAACAACAACAGCAGCAGCAGCACCUGGUUCCUGUAUCACUAGGAAAUUUAAUACAAGGAAGCCACUUGUCCCACACCACCACUUUGACUGUCAACACCAACCCCAACAUCAGCAUCAAGUCGGAGCCCGUCUCACCCAACCGGGAACGAAACACUGCCACCCCACUCAGCACCUUCCCCCACCAGCCCCGCCACGAGCCCACCGGCCGCUCGCCCGUCGACAGCCUCAGCAGCAACACCAGCUCCUACGAGGGCAGUGAGCGAGAUGAUCCCACUCGCACCGACUUCAGCUCCUCCCUGGGGCUGCUGCGCCCCGGUGGUGAGGCCGAGGGGGAGAGCCCUUCAGUGAAACGCAUGCGGUUGGAUACCUGGGUCACAUAACAGGUCCCCAUCAUCCCCAGGAGCGCCGCUGGCUCGCAGCGGGGGAGGGAAGGGGGGGGGGGGAGGGAUUCUGGGGACGAAACGGGUUUUAGGGGUUGGGGUGGGGAGAUUAUCAUAAACUGCCUGAGAAAUAGCUUUAGGAUUUUGUAGGCGUUCAUUCUAGCACAAACGGGCGACGCACGCAGUUCGUACAGCUGGGAGCUGGGAGUUCCAGGGUGGGUGGCACGGAAAUCGAAUUGGAGCUGGGGGCUGUGGGGCUGCGCUGGUGCAGCGAUGCGGGCGCUGAGCAUCACUGAGAGCUGCCCCACAGCCCGGGCAGGAGGGGAUGGUUCAGUCCCAGGGAACGAGGCUGCGGUGCUGCAGCAUUGCUUGGAGGUGUGGGGGGAAAAUGAGACAGGUUUAAGGCUUGAUCUUUGCUGUUUGGGUGAGAGGUGGUUGUGGACAUCAUCAUCCUUCCCUGCAGAGAAGGGGGCAUCGCUGCUUCUGGCCACGGUCAUCCAAAACCUGCAGCCACUUCUGCUGAGGUCCCACUGAGCCCUGCAGGGUGCUUGGCUGUGGCAGGGCUGGUUUGGGAGAAACGGUUGUUUUAACCAAAAAAAAACCAACAAAAAAACCCCAACAAAAACGUGCAAGUGUUUUAAAAUGCAUUCCCUGUUCUGUACGGGUCAAAGCUUUAAGUUAGAAGCUGGGAGUAAAUCGUUGCUGUUGAAGGAUUGCCACUGAAAUAACAUCCUUAGGCAGGAUCCCUGCAGCAGCCUCGGCCACCUGGUUCAGUGGAAGGAAAAAGGGCACGAGGGAAGCAGGGGAAGUUCUGGAGCUGCUCUGUGGUGCCAUCUCUGCCCCUGUCCCUUCUCAGGACUGUGAGGACGGUCCUCUGGCCACACCAUUCCUCUCCACUGAAGCUUGUGGUUGCAGAAUGGCGCAGAACCUGCCCCAAAACCUAAACUCGUCCUGCUUCAGGGCCUCAGGGUGGUCCCUGGGGGAUGGGGGCUGCGCAUCUGCCUCCUCCCGGAGAUCCCAGCAGAGUUUUAGGGAGGUUCCAGCCCAACCUGUUGCAGGGGGCGGAUUGUCAUGAAACGAACGUGGGCAACUUGAGGCGAGCAGUCAGAGGAAGGCCUCCGAAAAUUCAGCUGGGAGCGAACGGUGACGGCUGUGGAGAGGCAGCACGGAGCCAACGCAGCCCCGCAUCCCUGCGCAGAGCUGAAAGAGCUGUGCGCUGGCAGCGACCUCCUGCUGAAAUCCUUUGAAAAGUCCCGUUUGCCACCAUUUAUCCAAAGGCUGAUUUCGUUCUGAAGGCAAAAAAUGCUGGUGUUCCGUUCCUAUUGCGGCGCGCCGGGGGGACCCACGUGGGCAGAUUCUGUGCCGCCUACCCCAGUCCUUCUGUCUCUGCCUCAAACCCUGCACGGUGUGCGCCGGGCUUCUUGUCCACACCGAGGUGACGUGGAUCUGUCCCCACGUCCCAGCUCCGUCCCUCUGUCCCAGCUCUGUCCCCGCGUCCAUCCAGGAAGCAGCCACACCUGCGUGCAUCGGACCCACACGGCAGCUCUUUGCACGGCCUCGCUUUGGAAAAUUAGGUGGGAUUGACGAUGUCUCGUCGCUCUCAUUUCCUUUUCUUUUUCCUGACCGUCCUGCAAGAAAAAUGAACGCCGCAACCAAACGUUUUCCAGCCCCGCAAAGGAGCGGCAGGGCAGCAGCGCGGCGCUUGGAGGGCGAUGGAACAUUUCUGCUCAUUGACUUCACGCCCUGACUUCACAUCUCAGAGAGCCAGAAAAAAAAAGGAAAAAAAAAAAUAACAGAAAAAAAAA